AUAUUUAGUGCGAUUGUACAGUAUUAAAACAAAAUUAACCAACUGUAUAUAAGUACCAGUUUUAUGAAACAACAUAGCAUUCAGUGGUUGUGAUAGAUGUUAUAGAAAGUUUAAUUUAAACUAGUUAAUAAUUAAUCUAGAUUAAAUAAUAAUGCCUGGUCAAAAGUUGCGGAUCGGUAUUAUAGGCGGGGGUGCGUCGGGCGCCACGGCUUGUAAGGCGUGUCUGGAGGAGGGCUUUGAGCCCCUGGUGUUUGAGAAGAGCUCAUAUACGGGUGGUUUGUGGCGAUACCACGACGAGGACAUCGAUGGCGUGGCGUCUGUCGCCAAGUCUACGAUCAUUAACUCCAGUAAAGAGAUGUCCGCCUUCUCUGACUUCCCGCCGCCCAAAGAGUUCCCCAAUUAUAUGCACAAUACAAAGAUGUUUUAA